AUGCUGCCUGAUUCCACUUCAGCUCUUCUUCUCCUAAGCGUCCUUGUUCACUCCUCUGUUCAGUCAUAUCGGACUGGGACCGAAACAGAGUGUGAUGCUGCUCCUUUUGUACCAGGCCACAAUCUGGUGGGGCAAGGUUUUGAUGUGGUCAGACUGCACAUAAAAGCUGAUGUGAUUGAUGUGAAGACUUACCUGAGCCCCAGCAAAACCUGUAAACUCUGCAGCAACCCUCUUCAAAACCAUGUCCUCCAAAAACUUCCAUCUUCUGUUGUGGACUGGAGUUACGUCAGUCAAUGCAGUCCUGACAUCCACAGCAGACUUCACACCUCUGUUAGCUCUCUGGUUGAGUCUUACACAUCCCAAGAUACCAAUGAUUGGUCGGCUGGCUUCAAGGUUCAAAUGUUUGUGUUUGCCGGCCUAGUUGCGGGAGGAACCGGCUCCAAAGCCUACAAAUUUGCUUCACAAAGGAGCAAAGAGGAUCGCUACACUUUCAGCAUACACAGUGUCGCCUGCAGUCAUUAUGGUUUCAUAUUAUCAAACACACCUUCCUUAAGCUUUAAAUUCAAAAAGCAGUUAGACAUCCUUCCACCUCACUACAACUCCUCCACUAAGAAUGAGUAUAGAAAGCUGAUAGACAUCUAUGGCACACACUACUUCACAAUGGUUAAUCUUGGAGGGCGACUGAGACGACUGAUAUCUUCACGAAGCUGUUUGUCCUCCAUGAAUGGGUUAAACGCAAGAUGGAUCCACACCUGUUUAUCUAUGGGUGUUGCUGUUGGCUUGGGGAAGAUGAAACUCUCUAGUAUCCAGAAGCCUUGCAUCCGUGUCCUACUAAACAAGGACUUUGCCACUGGCUACAGCUCUGGUCUCCACCAGCAUUUCACAGAGGUGUCAGGAGGAAAUGGUUGGUUGGGGGAGUUUUCAAUUUUCAAAAAUGAUUCCAUAGGUUACAUGAACUGGCUAAAGAGCCUGAAAGAACAUCCAGAUGUUGUUUCGUACUCCCUUCGAUCUCUCUAUCAUCUCAUGCCGAAUGAGCUCCUAAAGGCAGCAGUGAAAGCUGCUAUUGAGCAGUAUUUGAAGGACAAUGCUGUGAAGAAAUCACCCCAAGAACCACACUGUGUGGGCAGAACUCCUAAUGUGGCCUCUAACUGCUGCCCUCAGCACGCCUCAUGGGGAACUCUAUCAGUGACCAUUGUUCGAGGCUGGGAUCUAUACGGAGAUGUUAUUGGACAAACUGAUGGCUAUGCCAAGAUGUACUAUGGUUCCAUACAACGCAAGACCAAAAUGAUCGAAUCCAAUAGACCGAAGUGGGACGCUGAGUUUAAUUUGGGCAAGGUCAGUAAACAUUAUCAUCACAGAUUAGCUGAAAAAGCUCAACAACAGACAAAUUGAUCUAUUUCCGCUGCUGAUGCAGCAGAAUUUAUAGAUCUAAUACCAGCAUCAAUUUUUGCAAAAAUAGACAUUCAAUUACCGGCAGUGAGGAUAAUUGGGUUUUUAUGCAUCAGUCUUGAAAGAAAGCUGAU